UUGCUUUCCCUCCCCUUUACUUAAAUUACCCUGAACAUGUCUUCGAACUCGACAAACCAUUCUACAAAAAGAAAACCAACGACAAAUCUAGAUGACUCUUCGGAUCCAUCAGACAACAGUGCAUUAUGCAUUCCGGAGGGUAAAAGACUUCGAGCGUCGGAAUGGAAAAGACAAGAGUUGGGAGAUGUUGGAGUGCAUUUUGCUCAAAAUCCUACUCCUUUAUCAGAUUUGUUAGAUAAAUUAAAAUCACAAAAGGGUACAAGAGUUACCAUGCCAGGUUUUACGGAACAUCUCAUUAAGUUUACGAAGGAAGUGUUACCUUUCUCUUUGAAUGACAUUAAUUGGAAUAAAGAUAUCAGUAUUUGUUACGACAGAGAAAGGGAAGCCAUGGGACAGAUUCAGGAAGUACAAAGGAAUUUGGUCGAUUUUGCAGAGAGAAGUGAGGGCGAAAUCCCUUUUUCAGCCGAUAAGCUUGCUAAAAGACUAUUGCACCGUUGGUUUGAGGACACAUUUGACUUUCUUAUUGAGGUGAAAGAAAUGCUACAAAAACUGAAUAAUCCAAAUCUAAGUCAUGGAGUUUCUAUGGAAGACACAACAAUUUUGAAGGAUUCUGCAUUUACACACUUGUUCAUGAAAUUUACUGAAAUUUUCUUCCUGAAGCCAGAAGUUAGUGAAAACAAAACAGUUUUGAAGAUCAGAAAUAAGGUUGUUGGAUGUGUUCCUGAUAUUGGUUUCUAUGAACAUGAUGGCGAAAGACACAGGGCUCGUCUUUUAGUAAUGUUGACUGAGGUUAAGAGGGAUGCUCUAAAGAAGAGUGCAACUGAAGAAGAAGAUUCAAACCUUCCUCGGAUAGAGAGCUAUUUGAAAUCGGGUGUAACAGGACAAAUAGGAAUACAACUUGUUUCUGAAUGCUGGAACUCUACAUUUUGUCCAAACACAUUAGGAAUAAUUUGUAUGAGUACAAAGAUUAUGUUUGUGUACUUGGAGAUCAAUCCAGAACAGUAUGAAGCAUUGACAAAAAACAAAGAUCUAAAAGAGAAGACAUCUUACAUCCAGUACUCUAAGCCUUAUGACAUAAUGAAAAAAGAAGACAGAGAUCAGUUAAUAGAUAUACUCUUUUGGUUAGGGUGUGUUCAAAAACAGAAUUUUCAUAGUUAUUAUCUGAUGUAAUUAUGUAUAAAUUUGGCAAACAAAACUCAUCCAUCAUGUUGCUUUUGUCAGGUUGCUUACAAGUCCCAUACUGGCAAAGCAAAAGAGGAGCAAAGGUUUGCACUCUGUCUGUCUGUCUAUCGUGCAUUCAAUCUGUCAUAGAUUUCCACUCCUUCUGUUGACAUGUCUGUACCAAUUGGUAGGAAAAUUGGUGAAAAGUCAUAUUUUUAGAAGAGUUGAGUUAUUUUUGAAAAUUGUAAAAAAAAACAUGAUUGUCACAAAUUUUUCAUCUGUAAUGCCUUAAUCAAUUGAUGAGAUAUUUGGUGUAUAAAGUUACAGAUGAUGAUUGAGUUUUAUUCCAGCCUUCCAGGUGAGUGAUGUUUGCAGAAGUUGUGGAGCUAGAACAUAGAAAAUUUAGGAAAAUAUCAGUUUUCCUCACAUUUUUUUGUGAGUCUGAAUCAAUUGAUUAGAUAUUUGGUGUAAAGUCAUAAGAAGUUGCAGAUCGUAUUUGAGUAUAUUUCCAGUUGAGCAAAUUUCACAGAAGUUAUGCCCAAAGACACAGAAUAUAAGUAAAUAUUUGUUUUACAUGCUUAUUUCUGUAAGCCUGAACCAAUUGAUUAGGGUUUUUAUUAUAUAAAAAGUCAUAACAUAAGGAGUUAAUAAUGAAGUUGUUUCAUUCUGGUUAAGAAAUAUUUUAGAGAUCUGCUGCCCAAGUUUAAUUCUACCAAAAAUUGGUAAGCCGAGAGGAAACUUGAACUCAAUUGCACACUAAGGUACCAUAUAUCAGAUCGAUAUUUGCAGGAAUAAUAUAAAAAAAAUCAGGACAACUGUUUGAUUUCAGAGGGAUAAAAGAAGAAUAGACAUAGCUAACAGUGUGUGCCCCUAUUACUUAGGGAUAUGGCAUGAAAAUCACUGCUUAAAUGUGAACUAAACAAGAAAAGUUUUAAUAAAACUGAUAUUUUAUGUUGAAAUCCAUUUAAUGAUACCAUGGAUAAGAGAUAUGUAAAAAUACAGUUUAAUUUGUUUAACACGAAUAAAAGUUUUUAUGAAUA